AUGGGCCGUGUCGAGACGUCACUCGGCAGACCUCCUGCGGCUUUCCGCAAGGACGCGAGAGCGAAGAAGGCAAGAGCUACCUUGAACCAGCUCAUCCCCUCACUGCUGUCCGCCCACCCACGGGCUCGACGAGGCAUCGAAGCAGCCGAGCUCAUCUCAGACCCUCCGAGAAGAGUGUCACCGGACAAUGUAUCAGCGCCGCGUGUUGUGUUGCAAGCAGCCGACACCCUCACGGCGGCCAGAUCUCUGCGAGACGAAGCCCUCGCCGACUACAAAGAGAUCAGCCUGGCCAUCCUGAACAUGGCAUCGCCUUUGUCGCCCGGAGGCGGCUUCCUGAACGGAGCCGGCAGCCAGGAAGAGAGUCUGUGCAUGCGGACGACCCUGCUUCCCUCGUUGAGGGACGAGUACUACCGCCUCCCCGAGCUGGCCGCCGUAUAUACCCCGGACGUCCUCGUCUUCAGGGACGAGCAGGAGGACCAAGUCCUUCCCAAGCGAGAUCGGUGGCAUGUGAACUGCAUCACAGCAGCGAUGCUGCGCAGCCCCGAGACUGAGCGCGACGCCCUGGAAAGGGGCAGGUAUGUCCACGAAAGAGACCGCGAGCUGGUCCUCCAGAAGAUGAGGAUGGUCCUCCGCAUCGGCCAGAUGAAGGGCGACAGGGUGCUCGUCCUGGGCGCGUGGGGUUGUGGCGCGUACGGGAACCCUGUGGGGGAGAUCGCCGCAGCCUGGCGCAGAGUUCUGCUGCCGACGCCGGAUGCCAGGGGCAAGGCAAAGGCCCAGAGGGAGACGUGGGCUGGGAUAGACAAGAUCGUGUUCGCAAUCAAGGACCCGGGGAUGGCUCAGGCCUUUGCGGCAGCGUUCGGUCAAGGACUUGAGCACGAGGAGGGUCCCGAACCGACCGAAGGAGAAGGAGCGGCGGACGUGGCCAACCACAAGAGGCUCGACCUGAAGGAGCUGCAGGACAGGAUCAGUGAGUUGGAGGCACGCAUCGAGGCGGCACCCAGUGCUCUGCUGAGGAGCGGUCUGGCUUCGAUCCGCCAGAGCCUGCAGGCCCAGGUGCAGGAAGUGGAAGCAGGCGAUACGAGCUCCGAGGAAAGCUACAGCAGCAGUGGAGGCAGAGCAAGGCGCCACGAGGUACAGCAGCAGCCGGGUGCAACAAAGACCUAA